AUGGUGGGCUGGGGCCAGCAGGAGCGCUCGUACUGGUGGGUGCUAUGGCAGCAGGUGCGGCCUGCAUCCACCGCCCCCUGUGAGGUGGGAACCCCAGUGCUGCACUCCACUGCUGUGGCCCCAAAGCAGCUAGGCAGCCCUGAGCUGCAGGAGCUGGCAGUGGUGCUGGCAGCUGGGCUGUGGUGCAGGCUGUGCCUGGGGCCAAGAGCCCCGCAACUCGGUGUGCCACUGCAGGUGUUCGCCACCAAGCUGCCACCUGCCAAGUGCCAGCAGUACCUGGCAGUGCUGCACUGCGCCAAGCCCUUCCCACUCCACCUGCUCAUCAACCCCACACUCUGCGUCCUUGAACGUCUCAUCACCAGCCCUGAGGGCCGUGCCAGCCUCCGUGGCUUCUCUGCCUACAUCCCACACCACUGGGCUGUUCAUGUCUCCAGGGUGGACGAGCAUAGGGAGCCAGUGAGCUGAGAGGCAAAGGGCUGGGCCACCCAUGUCAUUCAGCAUGAGCUGGACCACCUGGAUGUCAUCCUCUUCCUCGACCGCAUGGACACAUGUGCCUUCACCAACAUUGGCUGGAUGGAGCUCCUGGACUGACCCCCUUGUGCC